UUCUUUGCUACAAAUACAAGCAAGCAUCUCUUUAAAGUUUAAAAGAGACAUAUUGAGAUGGUUAUGAAUAUAUCAUAGAUAGACUCUCGCCAAAACCCUAACCCUAAUUCCCGGCCCAGCUUCUCCUCCAGCGAUAAUGAGAUUUCACACCAAUCUCUUCAACCAAACCUCUUCUCUGACCCUUAACAAUUGCGAUGAUGAAGACGAUGAUGAUGAUGAGACCGAAACCCUAAUUUCCUCCUCCACCGACUCAUCGGACGGCAUUAAUCUAAGGAAGAUGGUGGAGAAAUUGAUGGUCAAGGAGAGCUUCGCCGUGGUGAAGAGAUCCGACGAGAUCCAUGGCGGAGAUGAUUGUGGAGAAGUUGUACGAGCCCCUUGCUCUGGAGGAGCUCUUGCAUUGCCUUCUCUUUUUCUCACAUCACCACCACCGCAUCAUCAUCUCCACCUUCUCCGAGAUCUGGGAUGCUCUCUUUCUGACCACCACCACUGGCAAGCAACACCCUUGAGGGAUGCUGGAUAUCAAUCUCUUUAGGGCCAUGAAAGGCUUCGAUUCCGAGCCCAUCCGCGAGUCUCAGCGCCGCCGUUUCGCCAGUGUCAAGGUCAUCAACGAGGUCAUCAGCCUUAACAAAGAAUGGCGGCAACAUCAAUUCGAGUUGGAGAUUCUCAGAAAAGACUUCAAUGGAAUCAACAAGGGGUUGCACGUCUCAAAAUUGUGAAGGAGGAUGCGACGGAGAUGAUAAACAGCACUAAUGGAAACAAGAAAUUAACUGCAAAGAAGGAGAUUGAGAUUCAAUAGGCGAAGGCUACCUUGAUUCUAAGCUCGAGACAAUUGGCAAUCUUGUGCAUGACUCUGGUAGCAAUGAUGAGGCAAACAAUGAAAUAGUUCGAGUAUGGGGUGAUAGACGUAUGGAAGACAAGUUGAAGGAUCAUGUUGAUCUUGUCAAGCUUCUUGACAUUGCUGAUCUUGAGAAAGGAACAAUACCUUUUUUUCCUGUGUUUUGUUUACCUAUUGUAGUAUUUCAGUAAUCCCUAUCUUAUAAAGGCUGAGGAGGCUGGUGAUGUCCCUUCUCUUUUCUAUUGUUUUUCCUUUUUCUCAUCUGUUUGUAGUUUGUAUUAUGGCUUUUCAGUAUCAAAAAAUUUGCUGUAUUCUUCUUUCUUGUGGAUCGUAAGUUGGUGCUUCUUGUGAAAAUGUGAUUAUCUAUUGACUUUCUGUUGCCUCUUGCAUGUUUGUUGCUUGUUCAUUAUGUGCCUGUGGGGGUGGGCGUAGGGUGUGGGGUGUUCCCUCCUAUCUUUUCCUUGACUUCUCCCAGAUGCCUAAAGAACAUAAACAAAACUGUUGAUGUUUUAGCCUCUAAGCUGUCUUACAGCUAUGAACUUUCGAAUAGUCUUGCUGAAAUUCAUGGCUCGAGGUUUUCGAAUUCAGUGCAACAAGUGUGCUGCCAUAGUUCGCCUGCUUCUUGGGGAAAUUCUAGAGAGGACUAUCUUCAUGCAGAAAGGUAUGAAGAAGGCAUUGACACCCUACUUUGAACUAACUAAUGUGAGUUCUUUUCUUUUUAUGUGAGGAAGUUGAAGAAGAGGACCAUGGAGGCUCUAGAAGUGGUUGCAUUUUUUUUUAAUUUAUCACAACCAAAUGACUACAACAAGAAUCAGGUACGGUGUGUUGUUUUGAUUUUGUUCACUUGGAUAAAUAAAAGGUGCAUUAAUAGUGGCGUUGGUUUAACAUUUCUUAUUUUAAAUUUUUUAAGAAAAUUAGCUAGAAUCACUAGCUUUGGGGUUAAUGGUGGUUCUGUGUUCUAUUGUUUGAUUUUUUUUUUUGUUUCUAAAUGUUUUGGUGUAUUGGUAGUCAGAGUUUAGAUCAAAGUGUUUUGAAUAAUUUAUCUGGUUAACUUUGAAUUUUUAGAACAGUGAUACUGUACAAAUUGAAAAAGAUGAACAUACACAUUAGGUAAUAGAGCUGGCCAUGUUAGGUGAACCUCUUUAGCAUUAACCACUCAUUGUUACUACUCAAUGUUAUGCUUCAAUAGACUUUCUACUACUGUCAACAGUCCAUACCAUGUAAAAGUUUAGUACAUAUCUAAAGUCCUUUCUAAUGAUUAUUUAAGUGAAUUAUGUCCAAGUAUUUGAUAAGAUCAGUAUUCAGUGGUUUGUGUCAUACUUAACAGUGGUGGUAGGAUUACUCAAGUUGAUUUUUAUUUCUUAUAUUCAUAUUAUUUUCUAUAUGUUGAGCUCCAUAGUGUCCAUGUGCACGUCAAGAAGAUUGUCCAAGGAAGUUUUAAUUCAUUCCAAGCACUGUACAAGUCUUUUCUAGAAGAGUAUGUACGCAUAUGAAGGAUUGUACAAGUCUUUUCUAGAAGAGUACGCAUAUGAAGGAUUGCUAAAAGUUUAUUCUUUUUCUCAGUAGAAAGUAUCAAUUAAACAGGAGAAGAAGAAGGAGGACAGGGACAAAUCAAUGGCUGAGGCUGCAGUGGGUUUUGUAGUCCGGAAACUAGGUGAACUGUUAGCUCAAGAAGCCAUCAAUUUAUAUGGAGUGAGAGGCGAAGUGGAGUGGUUGAAAAGAGAACUGGGGAGAAUGCAGUGCUUCUUAAAGGAUGCAGAUGCAAAGAAGAAGAAGGGUGAUGAUGAAAGGGUCAAGCACUGGGUCACAGAGAUGAGAGACCUUGCUUUUGAUGCUGAGGACGCUAUUGACACUUUCAUGUAUUCCAAGCUCCGAAGACCAGAGAGGGAUGGCUGCAUUGCCUUCAUUGAGAGGUUUGUAUUUAUAUUUGAUGAAUUGGUCAGUAGACACAAGGUUCAUGUGGAUGUUAAGGGGAUAAAAGCUAAGUUGCACGAGUUAUCUGAAAGUAGAGAUGUAUAUGGCAUUUCUAAUAUAGGUGAAACAAUUGGCACAACUAGUCAAUCUAGAAGUCAAAAUGUGAUCCCUAUAUUGCCCCAACUGAGUGAUGACAUUGAUAUGGUUGGCUUUGAUGAUGAGAAGAAAAAGAUUGUGCAUGAGUUGGUUGACAUAAACAAUGCAAAUCGGUCAGUGAUCUCUAUGGUGGGUAUGGGUGGUUUGGGAAAGACCACUCUUGCUAAAUCUGUUUAUAAUGAUUUUGAAGUCAAGAGAAGUUUUGAUAUAUUUGCAUGGGUAAUCAUAUCUCAAGAAUAUACCAUCCAUGAGGUUUUAAAGAGAAUCAAAUCAGAAGUUUCAGCAACUCCAUUAGCUGACACAAUCCAAGACCUCUCGGUUGCUAUUUCUGAAAAAUUGAAGAAAGGCAAGUACUUGAUCGUUCUUGAUGAUGUUUGGAAAGAAGAUGCAUGGACUGAAUUACUAAAGGUAUUUCCAGAUGUUAAUAAUGGAAGCAGAGUUAUUAUCACCACUCGCUUCUUAAAUGUUGCUAAGAUUGCAGAUCCUACCAUCCAACCUCAUGAAUUGCGUUUGUUAAAUAUAAAAGAGAGCAAGGAAUUGUUUCUUCGCAAGGUCUUCCCAAGACAAAAUACUGAAACAUGUUGUUCUGACGACUUACUUGAUUCUGCUCAUCAGCUUGUUAAGAGGUGUGGAGGUCUACCACUAGCACUAGUAGUUCUUGGAGGUCUUGUCUCAACUAAGCCACAAACUAAAGAUGCAUGGCAGAAAGUUGUUGAGAGCAUGAAAAGGCAAUUUGUGAAAGGUGGAGAUAAGUGUUUGGAAAUACUUGCAUUGAGUUAUAAUGAUUUGCCACAUUAUUUGAAAUCAUGUUUUCUUUAUUUUGGUUGCUUCGGAGAGGACAUGAAUAUUCCUUCAAAAACAGUAAUUAGAUUGUGGUCAGCAGAAGGUUUCUUACCAACAGAAAAUGGUAAAACCAUAGAAGAAUCUGGAUUUGAUUGUCUGGUGGAGUUGGCACAACGAUGUUUAAUUCAAGUUACCGAGCAUGAAUAUGAUGAUGGUGUAAAAUAUUGUCAAAUCCAUGAUCUUUUGCGUGACAUGUGCAUUUCAGAAGCCAAAGAUAACAGAUUUCUUGAAAUCUACCAGAAUGACACUGUUGAUCGUGCGACAAUGCCAAAUGCAGCCCGACGACUGAUCAUAUUUAAUGAGAUUAAGACUCUAAACUAUUCUAACUCAAAGUUGCGGGGUCUAUUCUACAGCCUUGGAUCUUAUCAACGUCUGGAUUUCGCAGCUCUGAAUGGACAGCUUGGCAAAUUUAAAUUAUUAAGAGUGCUUUAUGUGAAUAAGUUGGUUAUAUCAGAAUUCCCAAGUGAAAUCAAAUAAUUAAUUCAUUUAAGAUAUCUUGAGUUGCAUGUUGGGCGUCUGAAGGAAGUUCCAUCAUGGAUUGGUGAUCUCCGCAAUCUCCAAACUUUUAUUAUACAUGGAUUUUCUGAAAAGAUACCAGAUUCACUCUGGACAAUUGCUAAUCUCAGGCAUGUUUAUCUAGAAGGUACAUCAACGGGUGUUCCUCUAAAUAUGGGAAAUGAUGUACCAAAGAAUUUGCAAACUUUAGUUGGGUUAAAUGCUGGACAAUGGAUAGAGAAUUCACUUCCAAAGCUCGCAAACCUAUUUGAAUUGAGCAUUAAUGAAGUCCCUAAUAAGCAUGUGGAUGCCCUAGCUUCAUCACUCCAGAAUUUGGGUCGUCUUGCCUCCUUUUCUAUAAUUAAUUAUCCUUAUAAUGAAAAUGCAAUUCGUUUGGACAACAUCAUUACAGCCUUUUCCAAUCAACACUGCCUCAAGAAAUUGUAUCUUAAAGGAUGUUUAAAAAGUGAACAUCUUCCGGAUAAUGAUGUAUUUCCUCAACAACUAGUGGAACUAUAUCUGUCAUAUGUUGGAUUGAAGCAAGACCCAAUGGCAACACUAGAGAAGCUGACAUGUCUCAAACAUCUACGACUCGAUCGUGCAUAUAGAGGCAAAAAGAUGAAAUGUUCAGCAACAGGUUUCCCACAACUGUUAUCCUUGAGAAUUUCGUGUCUUGAUAAACUUGAGAAGUGGAAGAUUGAGGAGAACGCAAUGUCAUGCCUCAAGUUUUUGGGGAUCUACGAUUGUUGUGGGUUGAAGAUGAUUCCAGAAGGACUGAAGAAUGUGCCACUUCGUCAAUUGAAAUUAUCAGAUAUGUCUGAAGUAUUGGUGACUAGGAUUAAGGAGAAUACAGGAGAAGACUGGUACAAAAUACAACAUGUGCCCAACAUCUCCAUUAAAUAAUAAUAUUAAGAUAAAGAAAUUGCUGAAGAAAUUGAUGAAGAAAUCGCUAAUUCCUUUAAUUAUUUGGUAUAACUUUUGAUUUCUACUAUUACAUUUCCAUUUAAUAGUAAAAAGCAAAAAAAUACAUACAUGGAUUAUUUGUAUAGGGUUGUGUCAAUGAGGAGUGCUUUUGGACUUCAAAGGAGCUCCAUAUGAAGUUAGCAACCAAGGAAGCAUACAUGAAGUUUCUUAUAUAUGAACUCUACUUAAAUAAUUGAUGUUUGUGUGGAUGUCGCUUAUUUUAUUCAUGUAAUGUUAUUUGAGUUUGGUACUUUGUGGUUAUAUGCCCAAACAUUUAUGUGUGUAUUUGUGAUUUUAUUUUGCAACGUAAUUGGAUUUGGUACUAUGCCAUUUUAUA